ACAUAUAAUACACCUGGUGCUCUUCCGUUGUGCAACUGAUUAAAGCUUGAAAACCCUUGCAUCGGUGGAUUGUACGGACGCGCAAAUGGUGAUAAUCACAGAAAGCAACGCCUCCAACUUGGUUAACGAAGAAGACGAAGAACCCGGCGAAGUUAUCGAGUCGGCUCCGCCACUCAAAGUCGGCGAGGAGAGACUAUUAGGCUCUUCUGGUAUCAGAAAAAGGCUCCUCAAACGUGGCCUCGCCUUCGAAUUACCUGAUAUCGGCGAUGAAGUCACAAUUAAGUUUGUUGGAUGGUUGUUGGACGGAACUAAGUUUUCGGAGAGUGAUGGGGUUACUUAUGCGCUUGGCAGUGGCAAAAUGGUUUCUGGCCUUGACCGUGGGAUUGUAACCAUGAAAAAGGGGGAAAGAGCAUUAUUUACGUUGCCUCCUGAAUUGGCAUAUGGAGAAGGCACAAAUGGUGUUCCACCAAAUUCUGUUAUCAACUUCCAAGUUGAACUCAUUUCGUGGAUUACAGUAAUUGAUGUCUCCAAGGAUGGGGGUAUUAUUAAGAGGGUUCUAGUGAAAGGGGAACAAACUGGAAAACCAAGUGAUCUGGAUGAAGUUCUAGUGAAGUAUGCGGUUAUGCUGGCUGAUGGUACUCUUCUUGCAAAAACUCCAGAAGAAGGGGUUGAGUUUUAUCUAAAUGAUGGUCACUUCUGUCCUGCUUUAUCAAAAGCUAUUAAGACCAUGAACAGGGGAGAGAAGGUCAAUCUGGCAGUGCAACCCAAUUAUGCUUAUCAGUUGGGGAGUAUGAAUUCUGAUCAAAAUUCUCAUGCGAUCCCAAAAAAUACUGUGCUUAGCAUAGAUAUGGAGUUACUCUCAUUCAAGCGUGUGAUUAGUGUAACUACUGAUUCCAAGGUUAUGAAAAAAAUACUGAAAGAGGGGCAAGGUGCACUUACAGCAGAUGAAGGUGCUCUCGUUACUGUUAGGUAUAAAGCAAUGCUAAAAGAUGGUAGCAUAUUUGAGAAGAAAGGCUAUGAUGGAGAGGAAAAACUCCAGUUCAUUACGGGUGAAGAACAAGUGAUUACUGGCUUGGACCGUGUGGCUAUGACUAUGAGAAAAGGCGAACAGGCAAUGAUAACUAUAGAUCCUGAAUAUGGAUUUGGAAGUGUGGAAGUUAGAAGGGAUCUCGCUGCUGUUCCUUCCUAUUCUACUCUAUCCUAUGAAGUUGAAAUGCUCAACUUUGUAAAGGAGAAAGAGCCAUGGGAGUUGAUUGGCAGUGAACGAAUUCAGGCGGCUGAAAUGAAAAAAAAUGAAGGGAAUGUACUGUUCAAAAAUGGAAAAUAUCAAAGAGCUUUAAAAAAAUAUGACAAGGCAGCGACAUAUGUUGGUGAAGAUGGAUCCUUUGGAGAUGAUAGUCAAAAGCUUGUCAAAUCCUUGAGAGUGUCUUGUUGGUUGAACAAUGCAGCUUGUUGCCUUCGACUGAACAAUUACCAGGGUGCUAUCGAGCUCUGUUCUAAGGUCCUUGAUACUGAGUUCUCCAAUGUGAAAGCUUUGUACCGACGAUCACAAGCCUAUAUUGAAACUGCCGAUUACCACUUGGCUGAAGCAGACAUCAAGAAGGCCUUGGAGGCUGAUCCAGGGAAUAGGAUGUUUGUAUGUUUUUUUAUGUACAUGCACACAGACACAGACUUUACUAUGUCUUUUUCUAGAGAGGUGAAGGCCAUUCAGCUCAAAUUGAAAAAACUUCAAGCUGAGAGCAACAAGAGAGAUGCAAAGCUCUACUCAAAUAUGUUUUCACAAAUGACAAAGAGAUUGAAACUUGAGAAUGUGGAGGACACUAAGAAAAAUGAAGUGACAAUGGCAAUGGAAACGGAAAAUGUUGGUGUAAGUUGCGGUUCUCCUGACAAUGAGAUGAUAGUUGAUCCUCGUUAAAAAAACAGAAUGUCCUGAGAAGAUAACCAGCCUCAAAGAAGAGUGACUGGGUGAGUAUUACCUCAGUAUAGAUGAAACUUGGGGCAUACACUUUCCAUGCCUGCACAGAGAUGUUGGACGUGGAUUAUUUCCGGCAUGUUAAAGUUUUAUAUGUAAAUUUUAAAAACUUUUAGCUACCUGUAAUUAUAGCAGAGCUUAAAUAUUUUCAUUAUUUGAGUUUGACUAUUUGAGUAUAGCAGAUUAGCAGUUAGCCUCAGAAUGACAAAUUCAUUAGUAUUUCUUAAUAGUUCAUUAAUAAUAAAGAGAUAUAUUAAUAUA